GUGUGUGUGUGUGUGAGCAUGAGUGUACUUUUUCUUUUUUUUUUCUUUUUUUGGGGUAUACUUGUGAGGACCAAAUGUUAGUGAGUUAGUCGGCAGAGGGCGCCAGAGCGCGUUCAUAAUUUUGAACAUUAGCACACUGAAGCAGCUGUCAUUUGAUUGGCCGGUGUCUGAUGGAGCAGUGAUGUCGCUGCUGUGGUGAUGGUUUAGGAGCAGCGGUGCGGCGGUGGCCGAGCGUGGGAUGUUACGCUGGACGGUGCACCUGGAGGGUGGCCCGCGGCGGGUCAACCAUGCGGCGGUGGCGGUCGGACACAAGGUUUACUCGUUUGGCGGGUACUGCUCGGGAGAAGACUAUGACACCCUGAGGCAGAUCGACGUGCACGUCUUCAACACGGUGUCCCUGCGCUGGACGAAGCUGCCGCCCGUGCGGACCGGAGGCCGUGAGCACACUCGUGAAGUGCCCUACAUGCGCUACGGACACACCGCGGUCCUGCUGGACGAGACCAUCUUCAUCUGGGGCGGGAGGAAUGACACAGAGGGCGCGUGUAACGUGCUGUACGCCUUCGACGUCAAUCAGCACCGAUGGUUCACACCCAAGAUCUCGGGAACGGUUCCGGGCGCCAGAGACGGACACUCGGCGUGCGUUCUAGGAAAAGCCAUGUACAUCUUUGGUGGAUAUGAACAACUGGCUGACUGUUUCUCCAAUGACAUUCACAAGCUGGACACCAGCAGCAUGUGCUGGUCACUCGUGAACGCCCGGUCUGACUCGUGGCGUCCGUCUCUGCAGGGAACGCCGGCUCGAUGGAGAGAUUUUCACUCAGCCACCAUCAUCGGCACUAAGAUGUUCGUGUUUGGAGGGAGAGCGGAUCGAUUCGGCCCCUUCCACUCCAACAACGAGAUCUACUGCAAUAAAAUCAAGAUCUUCGACACGGAGACCAACUGCUGGCUGAACACGGCGUCUGCGCAGCUGCUGCCCGAGGGCCGACGGAGCCAUUCAGCCUUUGCUUACAAUGGAGAACUGUACAUAUUCGGUGGUUAUAAUGCUCGUCUGGAUCGACACUUCAACGACCUCUGGAAGUUCAAUCCAGAGGCAUUCUCCUGGAAGAAGGUGGAGCCGAAGGGUAAAGGUCCGUGUCCCAGGCGGAGACAGUGCUGCUGUAUGGUGGGAGAUCGCAUCAUCCUCUUCGGAGGAACCAGUCCGUGUCCGGAGCAGGGGAUGGGUGACGAGUUCAACCUCAUGGACCAUUCGGACCUGUACAUCCUGGACUUCAGUCCUAAUCUGAAGACUUUAUGCAAGCUAGCGGUUAUUCAGUACAGUCUGGAUCAGUCUGGACUCCCUCAUGACAUCAGGUGGGAGCUGACGGCCAUGACCACCAACAGCAACAUCAGCCGGCCCAUAUUCUCCUCUCACGGCUGAGCCGUCAGAACCAUCCUCGGAACGGCCCGCUCCAGAGAUCAGCUGCUUUUCACCCGUUUGGAUUCCGGAUUGAAGUUUCUCCAUUAGACCUAUUUGUGGGCCAAGGCCUUUUCCCUGCGGACGAGCGGCACUUUCCUAGUUUGAUUUUGCCACCGUUGAACUGUUGCGGAGAAACGGACCUUCAUGCUUUUAAAUCAGUCCAAUUAUUCAUCAGUGUUACAGUGUUUUAAAGAGAAUCUGGAGUGAAAUGAAGGUCAUUUAACCUGUAAUCUGUCAUUUCUCUGCUUGUGUGUUCAGAUUGCCGGUUUAUAUGCAAGACUUUCGUUACGCUCCGCACACGUGCUCUUACAUAUCGAAAGGCAGUGAAGAGGAGACAAAAACCAUUGGACACAUGUCGCGUUACCCUCCUUUGAACUGGAGUGGUUUUCUGUUUUCCCACAGUGCUUCUGACAAUAAAACUUGACUCAACAAUCAAUAGAAAGGAAAAUAUUCCCUCUGCAUGCGUGCGUCCUUCAGGAUCCGGCGUUCGGCGCACACAGUAAAAACUCUCCCUCUUUAGAUCUCAAAGAGAGCGCACAAACAAAUGAUGUUGUGAAAGAUUAGAGUAUGUUUUCUCAUGUACUCAAUCACACCAAAAGAUGUUUCAAAUCAGCACCAUCUAAUAAACGGCCUCAAGUGUUUUUUUCCAGCAAACAGAGAUGAAUCUGAAUCUGAUGUUCAUGUUGAAUUUCUUCCAGUUCGCGUCUUACAAACCUAGCUUUGAAAUGCCAGAUUCCCAGAGUCUGCAAACAUCCUAAAAAUCAGAUCCAUUACUGCGGUUUAUAUUUCAUCUGAAUCUUCACUGUUUGAUUACAGAAUAUUGGUAUUGAUAGAUAUCGAUGGUGCCAAAGCUGAAGCACAUGUAGACGCCGCGUCAGUGUUGGUGCGUCUGACAUGCGGCUUUAUUCGAGUCCCGUGGGACGUUUCUGGCGUCUCAUCCAGUGCCUGAUGUUCUUGUGGCCACUUCAGAUCUUCAGAGGGUCUGGAAUCGAAGCGCCCAGAGUUUUAACGGCUUCUGCUCUGACCGGAUUUGAAAUAUGUUUUAUUAGAGAUUUUAUUGUGUUAUUGUGAAUAUCUGACAUCAAACUGUCAUAAUAAAUAUUGUGCAAACAAACUGCAUCAGAAAGUUCAACCUUCAAAAAAAAUGAAGUCCCAAAAUGAAGUGCAUUUUCAUGAUGAUCUGUAGCUGAUAGAGACUGAUGGUCAAGGGAAGAAAGCGAUGAUGGUUUAGUGACAUGCUGCUUGAUCCUUUUCCAUGAUGGUCUUGCUAACAUGCUAAAAUAGAUAUGUUUUAUAUAUGAGAGGAAGAGACUAAAGAAAAGCUUUUACAUUCUGUAUGUUCUGAUUGGUGUAAAUGCUGUUGAUGUUUGGAAAUGACACAUGAUUCCUAGGUGGCGGAUGAAUCUUUUCCACAAGUGACGACUCGGUCAAUGUUGUAAACGGGUUUUAAAUGGAAUCUUUUGAAUUUCCUAAACAAUAAAAUUGAUGAUAAUUUUG